AUGGCCGCCAGAGCGCCAGCAGGAGCCCGUCCUGGUGCCAGAUUCGCUCAGUUUAAACUCGUUCUGCUUGGAGAAUCCGCCGUCGGAAAGAGUUCGCUGGUCCUCAGAUUCGUCAAAGAUCAAUUUGAUGACUACCGAGAGUCGACGAUUGGCGCCGCCUUCCUGACACAGACCAUUUCGCUGGACGAAAGCACAACGGUCAAGUUCGAGAUUUGGGAUACUGCCGGCCAGGAACGAUAUAAGUCGCUAGCCCCUAUGUAUUACAGAAAUGCCAACUGUGCUGUUGUUGUCUACGAUAUCACUCAAGCUUCAUCGCUGGAUAAGGCAAAGUCAUGGGUGAAGGAAUUACAGCGUCAAGCGAACGAGAAUAUCGUCAUUGCUCUUGCAGGUAAUAAGCUGGAUUUGGUCACCGAGAACCCGGAUAAGAGAGCCAUUCAGACCGCCGAUGCCGAAGCUUACGCCCGCGAGGCUGGACUGCUUUUCUUCGAAACAUCUGCAAAGACUUCGACGAACGUGCGGGAAUUAUUCACAGCUAUUGCGAAGAAACUCCCUCUUGAUCAGGCUGGGCCGCGGAAUCUGCGCACGACCCCUCGUCCCGGCGUGGACUUGCGGCCGGAAACUUCUGGCACACAAGGUGCCGGUGCUUGCAACUGUUGA